AUGCGGCGAAAGUUUACUAUCACUAUAAACCAACUCACGCGCAAGUCACCUUCCUUCCUCUCACCGUGUGGCGCACACGGUUGGCAUCGACGGCGUGUGUGUGUAUGGAACGUUCACCCCAAGGAAGAGCAACGGGACUCGGGCGUUGCCUUUACCAUCCGGAACGACAUCUUGAGACGCCUGCCCUGUCUGCCGCAGGGCAUCAAGGACCGCUUGAUGGGUCUCCACCUGCCUCUUCGGGGAGACAAAUUCUCCGCCAUCAACAGCGUCUACCCUCCGCCGAUAACCAGCCCCGGCGCCUCAAAGGACAAAUUCUACGAAGAUCUGCAUACCCUCCUGACGAGCUUGCCGAAGACGGAUAAGUUGAUUGUCCUUGGCGACUUCAACGCCCACGUCAGCGCAGACCAUGCUGCCUUGAGAGGAGUACUGGGUCUCCAUGAUCUCGACGGCCCCAAUGACAAUGGCCUGCUCCUCCUACGAACCUGCGCAGAACACCGGCUCAUCCUGACCAGCUUCCUCUUUCUGCCUUCCCAUGCGAGAUACGAUCACCUGGAUACACCCUCGGUUGCGACAGUGGCACCUGCUGGACUAUGUCCUCGUCCGGAGGCGAGACCGGUAGAACGUGCUGGUGACAAAGGCGAUUUCGGCACCGCCAGGUGAAUAGACCAUUGUCCCGUCAUUUCCGAGAUGCGGAUACGCCUGCAGCCUCGCAGGAGACUUCAAGGUAAGCGACCACCAGGGAAGCUGAAUACUGCUUUGCUGUCCUUGCCUGCUCACCAUCUCCAUUUCAGCAACCAGCUAGCCCAACGGCUAGACAACCUUCAAGUCACUGCUGCCGUCGUUGACGAGAACGCCUCCGUGGGGGACCGGUGAUGUCAACUGUGGAACACAGUCGAGGCGACCGCAUUGGUCGUUUUCGGUCACGCUCAACGCAAACACCAGAGCUGGUUCUAUGACAACGACGCCGCCAUCAGCAACCCGAUCGCCAAGAAGAGCCGCCUGCACAAACCCUACGUCGACCGCUCCACCGAAAUAAGGAGCUGCUUUUUACCGUAGUCGUCGUCUUAUGCAUCAGUGGCUCCGAGAGAUGUAGGAUACCUCGACGCUUCGUAAGGCCGAGGAGAUCCAAGUGUAUGCCGACCGCAAAGAAUGGAAGAACUUCUCCGCGAUCAAAGCUGUCUACGGUCCACCAACCAAAGAUACUGCACCUCUUCUCAGCGCUGAUAGCAGAAUCCUACUCACUGGAAGACACAAAUCCUACAGCGAUGGACCCAAUACUUCCGAGGCAUCAUUAACCGCCCUUCCACCAUCUCCGUCUCUGCCGUCGCCAAUCUGCCUUACGUGGCGACAAACGCCGACCUUGACCUCCCGCCCUCUCUGCACGAAACAAUCAGGGCCGUGCAGCACAUCUGCAGUGAGAAAGCACCCGGAUAGGACGCGAUCCCUGCCGAGAUCUACAAGCGCGAUGACUCCCAAGUCAUGGAUCAUCUGACGCCGCUAUUUCAGGAGAUGUGGUGUCAAGGGGAAAUUCCGCAGACUUUCAAGGAUGCCACAGUAAUCUACCUCUGUAAGCGGAAAGGAAACCACCACUUAUGCGACAACCAUCAAGGCAUCUCCUUGCUGUACAUCACCGGGAAGAUCUUUGUUAGCAUUCUCCUCAACCGCCUGACCAACCACCUGAAACAAGGUCUUUUGCCGGAAAGCCAAUGCGGCCUCCGUCGUCAGCGUGGGACCAGAGACAUGAUCUUCGCCGACCACCAACUGCAGGAGACGUCCCAGGAGAUGCGGAUCUGACGAAAGCCUUCGACACGGUGAAUCGCGAAGUACUGCGGAAAUCAUGUGGAAAUUUGGCUGUCCAGAACGAUUCAUUCAGAUGGUGCGUCAGCUCCGCGAGGGCUUGAUGGCGCGCGUCACGGACAAUGGAGCUGCCUUGGACGCAAGCGCAGUUUCCAACGGAGUGAAGGAGGGCUGCGUCCUCGGGCCCACCAUCUUCAGUCUUAUGUUGUCUGCCAUGCUGAUGAAUGACUACCGUGACGAAUGCCCCAGGACCCGCAUCACCUACAGGAUGGACGGCUACCUCCUCAAUCGUCGACGGAUGCACUUCCAGUCUCGUGCAUCCACAACUACCGUCCAUGAACUCCCCUUCGCCGACAACUGCGCUCUCAAAACCACCUCCGAAAGGGAAAUCCAAAGGAGCAUGUAUCUCUUCCUUCGCCUGCAACAACUUCGUUCUGAUCAUCAACACGGAGAAGACUGUGGUCAUGCACUGAUCGCCAACCAACACAGCCCCUUCCCUCAAUGUGCCGCAAAUCAGCGUGAACGGAACCCAACUGCAGGUGGUAGACAACUUCAUGCAUUUGGACAGCACCCUCUCCCGCCGCACAAAAAUCGACGAUAA